AUGUACAACCGCGACAACCGCAUCAUGCGCAAGCUCCUCGGCCGCGCCGCACCCGACAGCACCACCGACACGUCGACGGGCGGCGCCGCCGGCAUCACGAGCGCGCCCUCCAUCGCGGGCCCGGCCUACCGAUCCACCGUUUCCCAAAACGCCGAGUACAAGGCCGGCGUGCCCAUACUGUGCCUCGAUGCCUCGCCCGACCGCCGCGCCGCCGUCAAUGACGGAUUCGACCUGCGGGCCGUCAUCUCGGCCCAGCCUUCGAUUGCGAAAUCGGGGAGCGCGUCGUCCAUCGCGGACCAGCUGUCGAUCAAGGACGUCAAGUGGCACGGCGACUCGACCAUUUUCACGGCGUGCUCCAACGGCAAGAUCUUUUCGUACGACAUCACCCGCUUCGGGUCGGGGAGCUCGAAUUUCGAGUUUGUGCAGACGAUGGAGGAUUCGCGGCAGGACCCCGCAGCCCAGCCGGCCGGGGGCUUGACGUUCCGCGCCGUGCAGGGCUUCAAGUGCAACGCCGAUAGCGUGCGGCACGUGAAAUGGUCGCCUACCGACGGCCUCUGCUUCGCGUGCGGCACCGAGUCGGGCGUCAUCAUGAAGUGGGAUAUUCGCAAACCUGCCAGCCCCUUGCUCCGCCUACCCGCCCACGAUAAGGCUUGCUCGGCCAUCUCGUGGCAUCCGGACGCGCCAAAGGCCAAGUGGACCAUUUCCACCCCGGCCCCCGUCGCGACCGUCGCGUGGCGGCCCGGUCUCUGGUCUGCCACCGCCCAGGGCAAGCGGGUCGCGCAAGUCGCCGUGACCUACGACGACACGAGCCAAAAGCGGUACGGGAUCAACGCGAUACACAUCUGGGACCUCGCGCGGCCGACCAUGCCUUUUAAAGAGAUUGAUAGGUUCGAUGCGCCGCCUUCGGGAUUGCUGUGGAAGGACCAGGACCUCCUGUGGACAGCUGGGAGGGAUGGCGUAUUUAGCCAAUGUGAUCCGAAGCGACUCGGAGGAGGACGUGGUCGGUACUUUGUGGGACCCCGCCGAAGAAUACACCGCACUCAGCAGCGCCGGCACAGCCGAUCUAUCCCCAACACUGGCGCGAGUUCCACGCCUCCGUUAGCGCCUACACCGCCAGAUGACCACAAUCUUACCCUGGACCAGUCGCUCAAGGUCACCGGCCUCUUCAAAUCGCAGCAGGCCAUGGCGUUUGGCCACGCGCCGGCUGCGACGAACGUCGAGACAUAUCACUACCUCGCCGCCAGCUACCUGCGGAUCCUGGAGCAAGAGCUGCCCUGUAGCGAGGGUAGCAAGCCGUUUGUAGACCGGGUCGAGACUAUUCUGCAGCGCUACGCGAGGACGGCCGAGAAUGCGAGGCUGUUUCGCCUCGGGCAAACGUGGCGCAUCCUCGCGUACGUGGCCAACCUGCUGCUCUUACAACGCGGCCAGUACCACCUGGAAAAGAGACUCGGAAUUUCCCCAGAAGUACCCAAGGAUGUGACUAUCCCCAAGACGAAAGAAGUUAUCCUCCAGGUUCCCCUCGCUACGGCAGAUCAAAACGGAGAGGAGACGCCUCGUAGGCUUCCGUCGCAGGCUGGUCUUGGGGCGGAAAACCGGAACCUUUCCGUCCGGUCUCUCCUUGCUGAGGAAAUCGAGAGCACAUCCAAUGUCCCCACGCCAGUCGUUCGCGCCAUCCGCGACACCGACGACGACAACGGCGGCGAAGUGUUUAUCCCGGGGAAACGGCUGACCCCGGUCAUCGAACCCGAGAGCUUCACGCUAGGCCCGGCCGCGCACCCACAGCUUGCCGAUAGCCCCCGGCGGCGCCUUGAUUCGGAACCCAUCUCCAUCGAAAGCAACGGAAGCGCUGACACGGAACAAUCCAUCACGGAGGGGUACGACUUCUACGAUACCCAGGCCCUGACAAAGGCCAUCGACGUCCCCAAGGUCGGGAAACCAGCCCCCGGCCGCUUGACUAUGGACCCCAAACCCCGAAUACGCAUCCGACACGCGAGCCGGAUACAAGACCUGCUGGCGGAGCGUGAGGAGAGGGAAGCUGCUAGAAUGCGCGAAAAGAAUCCGGACGGCGAGUACGAAAGCCGAAUUCGAGGCAAGGAGCUCGAGGAGUCCCCGGACAUCACUCCUGCGCGUCCUCAGCCACGACCAAAGUACCAGCCGCAGUCCGAGUUUCCGGACGACAUCUUUAUGAUUUCUCAGUCCGUCAUUGGGACGGACGUGUACUCGCAGGGAUCUGUGCAGUCCAACACGCAGUCGAAUACACAGUCUAAUCCGAGGUCAGAAUAUGAGCACCUCAAUGAUGAAGGAGACGACGACGACGAAUCUAACGGGCUCGAGCUUCGCGUCAAGAAGUCGAACCCCAAUACCAAGACGAGUUUACCAUCACCCUCGAAAGACCAGAGCCAGGACAUCACAGAGCACGACUAUCUGUACUGGCCUGGUGACCUCCCUUAUCCAUUUCCCCUCAGCUCCCGCAAGGCGAGCUUCAACCAUAAUCACCCCGCAGGCAGGGACAAAACACCGCCCAUCGACCCUUACACCGUCAUCUCCCGCGCCAUCGAGUUCGAGGCGCGCACCUCAGCCCUCAACGCCUCCGCCAUGGUCCUCCUCUUCCGACCCCUCGUACCCCCUUCCGUCAUCGACCCCUUCCACGCCAUGGCCAUUCUCCGCCAACACCACACCCGCCUGAUGGGGAUGAAGCACUUUGUCGAGGCCGCCCAGCUGCGCAACGUGUGCGUCGGCUUCUACUGCAGCGCCUGCCGCAAGCCCCGCGAGAUCGACCCCCGCGACGGCGCCCUUUCCGUGUGGCGCUGCUCCCGCUGCCGCACCCACAUGGCCCCCUGCGCCGUGUGCGGCCACCGCGUCGCCCCGGCCGUCGACCUCGACGACCCCGCCCUCUGCACCUGGUGGUACUGCCCCGGCUGCGCCCACGGCGGCCACGCUUCCUGCCUGCAGGCCUGGCACGCCGACCAGGACCCCGACGGGUGCUGUCCCACCGACGGCUGCGGCCACGCCUGCCUCCCCGGCCGAUACCGCGCCGAGACGGGCACCGCCCGCUCCGACGAGCUCGGCCGCUACGUCGUCGCCGACAAGGUUAGCGGCGGACCCAAAGUCAGAGUCGCCAGCGGCGGCGGUGGUGGUGCGAGUGCUGGUGCUGGAACCGGAGGAGGCGUUGGUGGCGCGGCGGGACUCGGCACCGGCAUCUCCGCCGGCGUGAGCACCAGCGCGCCCUUGCUCGGGUCCAAUGCCACCGCCCUCGGAGCCGGCGGCGGCCUGGUCGUCCCCGCGUCCGGCUCCGCCUCGACGGUCCCCUCGAGCGUGCGGAGCGACGUCAACGACGUGCCGCAGAGCCGGGCUGUCGAAACGCAUACGCUCUGGACGAGGUAA